AUGGUUUUGUGGCGUCGUACAGUGGAUAAAUCCUCAGUUGUGGAUCGUUUAUUGACCGCGGAUAAGCUCCUUAAUUACUACCAGCUCAGGUCGAGAUUCACGAAAGAACAGACCUUUCCGGAUCAUCGGAGCUGUGUGUCAUGGCCAAUUGACGAGAAACCUCCGUCAGCGUCAUCCGAAUUGAAUACGGGUUUCGUGUGA